AUGACUGUCAUGGCGGCUCCCUGGUUGCACUAGUCGUCUGUCUUUGCAUCAGGACACAGACAGGCUGUGGUCAGCGAUCAGAGUCAGUGGUCAGUGAUCAGAGUCUGUGUCAGUGAUCAGAGUCUGUGGUCAGUGAUCAAAGUCUGUGUCAGUGAUCAGAGUCUGUGGUCAGUGAUCAGAGUCUGUGUCAGCGAUCAGAGUCUGUGUCAGUGAUCAGAGUCUGUGUCAGUGAUCAGAGUCUGUGGUCAGUGAUCAGAGUCUGUGUCAGUCAUGAAGCCUAAAGACCUGACCGCGUGGAACCGCAGAGUGUCUGCUGUGUACGCGGUCGGUGUGUGGACCAUGAUCGGUUCAUACGCGUACUUCAAAUACACAGGACGGUAUGACGACACGCCGGUGAAGACAGAAGACGUGGAAAAGGCUGAGGAUCCAGAUCAAGUCGUGUACCAGACUGCUCACACCAAAACCAUCAUCACCUACAAGAAAGACUUUGUCCCGUUCACCACGAGGAUCUACAACUUCUUCAAGUCAUCCAGCAGUGAAGACAAAUAAAUGCAUCAGUGCCAAUGAUGAUGGACAUUUUUUAAAUAAUGCACUAUGAAUUCAUGUUUUUGUGUGAAGACAUUAUCUUUACUUUUCAAAGAUAUUCCAGUGCAGCGUCCUUCUGUCCAGGUCUGAGGGAGCUGCCAGUGUGUGUGGAUGCUAAUGGACUGUCCCCAGAUAUUAUUUAUUAUCAAGCUGUCAACAAUUUUCAGUAAUAUCCUUGCUGACUUCAUCAACAGCAUUACCAACAAUCCAAGGUUAACACAAGCACUAAUGGUGUUCAAAUAAACUCAUGUUUGUAUAAACUGUAA